AGGCCCCGCCCUUCCCGUUCCGGCCCCCCGACACUUCCAACAUGGCGGCGCCGUGGUCGCGGCGGGGCCGGGCCCGGUAGUUCCCGGAGCAUCGCGGGGGUUCCUGGGGCUUUCCGGCGGAUCCCGCCGCCCCGAUGGGGCCCGGCGGCCUCAUGGUGCUGCUGGCGGUGCUGAGGGGGCUGCGCCCGGCGGCGGCGGCGGUGGCGGCGAGCGAGGAGCGGCCCGCGAGCCCCGCGGUGGCCACGCCGUGCUGGCGAGUGGAGCAGUUCGUGGUUGCCCAGGAGUGCACGCGGUGCUCCGGCUUCGAGAUGAAAACGAUCCCGGCGUGCGGCCCCACCGGCUUCAUCGAGAAGAUCAACUGCGCCUCGUCCCACCGGGAUGAGUACAAGAGCUGCCGCUCGGCCGCGCUGGAGGCGCAGCGGUUCUGGCGCUUCGUGGGCUCCGCUCUGGGCGUGGCGGCGGCGGCGGCGGCGCUGGUGGUGCUGCGGCAGCGCGUGCUGGACCGGCGGGCGCUGGAGAAGGUCCGCAAACAGAUCGAGUCCAUUUAGCCCGAGGCUCCCGAGGGCUUGGAGCCGGGAAUUCCGCUCGCCCGGAGCGGUGGGAGGAGAGGCAGCCCCAGCCUUGCUGCUCGGACCUGGAGUCCUGCUGGGAUCUGCCCUGGGAGGGCAUUCAGGGCAUCCCCCGGAGCAGGAUGUGGAACAAAUCCCUGGGUUUGUCCCUUGGGGGGAAUCCCCGUGCCCCCCAGCGCUGGGAUCUGCCCUGGGAUCAUCCUCCAGGAGAGGGAUGUGGAAUAAAUCCUGGUCAUCGUUCCUGGA